CUCCAGUAGAAAUCCUUUACAAGACGAUCGUGGCAACCUCGCGCCUCAGUGUUUAUACUUUGCUUUUAUAACCUCAAAAACUGUGUUUUGUGUUUUAAAACGUCUUUGUAUUGGUGGCAUUAACAUGAGUGAUAACUAACAUUAUUUGUGUCAUUUCCUAUUCUUCGCUCAAAUUUUGUCUCUUUUUCUUCGUACUUUUUGUAUCUCCCAGGCCUAAAUCUCACCCAUCAUGGAAUCUAUACCUGUGCCCCCUGAAGCUGGACCUCCACCUCUUCCACCUCCUGAGAAAGAAGAGGUUCUAAGUGAAUUUUUGACAGAAGUCAAAGAAAUAGAAACAAGAGAUUCUGUACUAACUCCCAAGCAACAAAUUGAUAGAUUAUUAAGACCUGGCUCAACAUACUUCAAUUUAAAUCCCUUCGAAGUUCUCCAAAUUGAACCUGAUGCACCUAUUGAUGCUGCCAAGAAAAUGUACCGGCGACUUUCUAUUCUAGUCCAUCCAGACAAAAAUCAAGAUGAUUCAGAGCGAGCGCAGAAAGCCUUUGAAAUUGUGAAUAAGUCAUGGAAAUGUCUAGAAAAUGAAGAAUCACGAGCAAAGUGCAUGGAAGUCAUUGAAGAAGCAAAAGGAAGGACAGAUUUAAUGAUAUCAGAGAAGCGUAAAAAACUGAAGCGAGAAGGUAAAGAUCCCACUGUCGAUGAAGACGAUCCUGUAAAAUAUAAACACUCUGUCUAUGUUAUGACCAUGAAAUUAUUUGCAGAUUUGGAACGAAAGAAGAGGAAUCUUGAAGUAAGGACCAUGGAAGAAACGAAACGAAAAAGAGAACAAGAGAUUGAAGAGGAGGAGAAAGUUCAUCUAGAAAAGGAAUGGCAAAAAAAUUUUGAGGAAUCGAGACAAAACAGGGUUGAUAGCUGGAAAGCUUUUCAAGCUGGAAGCUCUAAAAAAGAACAUAAAGCCAAGAAAUUCAAAAGUUUCAAACCACCAAAACAUAAAGCAGAGACGCGAUAACGUAUGAUGCUAAUGGGGUUUCAGGACAUUUCAUCAAUGACAUUUUAUCUGCCCAUUCAUUUCGCUCAGGCGUGAGCGUCCACAAAUUUCUCUGGCCGCAACAGAUUGGUUUAUGUGUAAUUAUUGUCCAAAUUUUAUUGGUCCAUACAAGAAAUAUUACCAACCAUCUACGUUCUGUUUCCCCUUAUGUUUCCUGAAAACGAGUGGGACAGGAGGAAGGUAAGCUCAAAACUUAUAAGAUCAUUCUUGGGAGCGCGAUUAGCAGCAGGUGUGGGGAUGCCAAAGUUACACUUAAAUCUCCUGUGAAUCGGCAUCCAUCCACUCUAGCCUGUUGUAUGUGCGGAUAUGAAUGCCUGGACGAAAUGUGUGGGCAGACCAAAAGUUGUUGACGAAAUUUUCUAUAACCACUGAAAGCUUUACUAAGUGUAGAAGUUAUCUAUCUAUGCUCACUAUUUCAUUUUUAGUGUAAAUUUUAAGGUGUAUCUAGAACUUGAGUCAUGCAGAAGAUUAGCGUGUAUAACUAUUGUUUAUAGUCUGUUUUGGACAAUUGAAAUUUUUAAUCACCAGGGCUUCAAAUAAUACGGGCUUUGAGGUGCAGGUCAGCAAAGCUGCGAUCGAAUUUGUUGUUAAAUUUUCAAAUUUAAAAGUAGGUUAUUUAUCUUUCAAUUUUAAUGAGGUGGUAGAGAUUUCUAUACUGCCAUUAGACUUGUAUCUGAUUUUGUUCAUGUAAAAGUUUUAAACGCUCUCGAUCAGUAACCCUGUGGACAGCUGUUUCAUCAUGAUUCCUGUAAUCUGAUCUUCUCUCAGGGUAACCUAAAUCUAACUUGACAAUCUGAACCCUUGUCAUCCUCUGGCACACUCUUUCAAUUUACAGGAGUGGUAUAAUGUAUGUAGUCUAGCUGUGCGAAGAAAAGAUUCUUGAGAAUUAGAAUUGUGCAGAAGGACCUUAUUCUUAUUAAGUUAAUUGAAAAGUCUCCCGAACAUGUAGCAAGCGUCAAUAAAUUCAUGCCAUUCACCAACGCAUUUACUUGAAUACCUACUCCGUCUUAGGGGAGGUUUUCUGUUUUAACAGGAUCUUUACGACUGUGUUCAUGUAUAUUUCAUUAAUUUUCUCAAUUUAUUUGGAUGAAAAUAUUUUCUUAUUGAUAUAUUGGAAAAAGAGUCGGAACCUGAGUGCAAUGCCCACUCAUAAAAUAAAGGCAUCUUCUUUUUGCACAAGAAUUAACUUAUGUGUUAUUUCAUCUUAAUAGCCAGAGAAUGAAAAAAGUUAAGGGUGGAAUUUUUGAGAAUCAGCUUAUUUAAUGCUGUUGUCUGGAUGACUGAAUCCAAAUUUCAACUACUCACAUUCUAGCUGUUGGGUAGUAGUUGCUUUAUUUGGAUAAAAAAAUAUUUGUAAGAAAGCCUAUAACUGUAAUGCUUUUAGAUGGGAAGGUUAUGUUGGGAUAUGGAUGCCAUUACAAGAAAUUUGAGCCAUAUUUGUAAAGUAUUACAAAAAAAAUUAUCGCUGAUCACUUUGAUAAACUUUCCGGAAGAAAUAUACUUUAAGUAUGUAUGCAGAUGUUUAUUGUUCUUAAACAGAAUCACUGAUGCAAUAUAAAAAUGAUCUCAUAUCAUCGGUCGAAUUAAUUAUUCCGAUUGCAUACUACCUUUGAUCCUAAUCUAUUUGGUUCUGAAUUAAGUUUUUCAUGUUUUCGUACUUUUCAAGUCGAGUGGACGUUUCUGUUUUUUGAAGUCUCCCCAGACUUUCAGCUAUGUUCCUUCUGAGGUGCCGAUCGAGAACAUCUGAAUGAAUCUUGUUUUAAAUUUUCAAAUAAAGUCUCUAGAGAGGAUAAUCAUUUCUUAAAUGGUAUGUUCAUAUUUUUGAACUCCUAGGCUCUUCCUUCCCAUUGCUUAGUUAGAGCUAUCAACAACAUUCAUUUCUCUUAGAUUGCACCCAUGAAAUGAGCAAGUAAUAUAUGUACAUCUAUUACUCUGAUGACCCCAUUAUUAAGUCGUAAACCGAGAAAGAGGGAGUCUGGGGAUAUUUUUUUUUCUUCAUGUAAAUACUUGCUGUAUUUUAGUUCUAAUAAAAAAUCAAUUUUAUUUUACAUUCAUUUGCAAAGUUUGAACAGUGAUGUAACGAAAACGAUCAUUAAAUAAAGAAUAAUUUUCUUUAUUGAAGGAA